AAUUGAAAUGUCAGUGUUUAAGAAUAUCAACGUUCAUUUUGUACUGGGACUGUGUUUUGGGCUAAGCCUGUCGUUAAUACUGUACGUGAACGAUAACACACAUGUAUUUAACAAUUUAUUUAUCAAAACCUCUGGACGUCACUUCAACACAAGUCUGGUCAAAUGUGAAAACAAUGGCAUAGAUGUUAACCCAGAAUUCUCUCGACUUCUGGUAGGAGAUGUAAUUAAACCUAACCAACAGAAGCUUGUGGAGUCGCAGUAUCACCAUGAUGAUGAUUUGCUUGCUAAAGAACUCUACAGAAAGGUUAGAGUGGCUUGUUGGAUUAUGACGUCACCUGACACUUUACACAAUAAAGCCAUCCACGUGAAGAACACCUGGGCCAAACGUUGUAACCUGGUCCUGUUCAUGAGUUCUGUUGCUGACCCAGAAUUUCCAGCCGUUGGACUCGAUGUUCCAGAGGGCAGAGACCACCUGACUGCCAAGACGAUGAAGGCGUUUAAAUAUCUGUACGAUCACCACAUGGAAGACGCUGAUUGGUUCUUAAAAGCUGAUGACGACACAUACGUCAUCGUAGAGAAUCUUCGGUACCUCCUGCUAAACGAAGACCCAACCCAACCUAUUUUCUUCGGGCAGAAGUUUAAGGCCUACGUCAGAGAAGGGUAUGCAAGCGGUGGAGCCGGAUACGUCUUAAGUAAAGAGGCGUUAAGACGGUAUGGGGAGAUCGGUUCAAAGGACUCCAAGAUCUGUCUCAAGGACAUCGGAUCUGAAGAUGUUGUGAUGGGGAAAUGUAUGCAGAACUUGGGCGUCAGAUUAAAAGACUCGACAGACGCACUUAACCGUACCAGGUUUCACUGCUUUGAUCCAGAGAGUGUGCUGAAAGCACGUUUUCCCCAGUGGUUCAUGCAAUACGAUGUUUUAUCUGGGAAAGGGGGCAUUGAGAACAUCAGCGACUACGCCGUGAGCUUCCACUACAUCCAUCCCAACCAGAUGUACACUCUGGAGUUUUUUAUCUAUCACCUACGUCCCUAUGGCAUUUUAAACAGCCCGCAGAGUCUUAACAAGAUAACGACAGCAUAG